AUGAGUAUUUUGCAGGAAAAAAGUGCUGUCUCUCAACUCCCUCCUUCUAUAAAGGAGCUGAUAAAGGUUUUAUAUGGAGGGAAACGGUUUGGUAAUCACGUGGAUGAAGUUUGGCCUAACCUGUACAUUGGGGAUAUGUCAGUGGCAAAUGAUCGCUACAGCCUGUGGAAGCUGGGAAUCACUCAUGUUGUGAAUGCAGCUCAUGGGAGGAUGUACUGUCAGGGGAGUCAUGACUUCUAUGGAUCCACAGUGGAUUAUUAUGGAGUGCCUGCUGAUGACUCACCGUCUUUUGACCUGUCUUGCUAUUUCUUUCCCUCCGCUGAGUACAUUCAGAAGGCACUCGACUCAACUGCUGCCCGUGUUUUAGUGCACUGUGCGGUGGGAGUGAGCAGGUCAGCCACCCUCGUCCUGGCCUACCUAAUGAUCCACCAUCAUUACACCCUGCUGGAGGCCAUCAAUAAAGUCAAAGAGCACAGGUGGAUUUUUCCAAACAGAGGAUUCCUCAAACAGCUUUGUGCCUUGGAGAUGAAACUGCACAACACGGCACAACCUCACAAAUGAUUUGGUAUUGUAAUCUAGAGAGUAACAAACCUAUUUUCAUCACACAGUGCUUUGACUUUAAUCAGUUUGCUUCAGAAAUGGUAUUUGACUCCAGCGCUCUGUUUGAUGUGAGUCAUCCUGCCUGUUUACACGAUAUCGAUCCCCAUCUUAAUAAGCGAUCAGUGUAGUCAACUCAGCCUCGGGCAGGAUCAAUUUUAGAGACUGAAUACAAGACAGAAUUACCUAUUUAAACCUUUGUGUUAUGACGAAGAAGGAAGCUCAUUCAUUAUGUUGUGGGCUAAAUUAAUGUGCCAGUCAGGCUGCUCGCCCAGUCUCAGGAAUAAUGAGCUCCCUCUGUUCACAUUAGUGUGGUCCAGACCUACACUGUAAAAAAUGACUUCAAAUACCAAUCUGUCAAAUAGCAACAGCACGACAAAGUUAUGUCUAUUUGGGUUUGUCCUGUGAGGGACGGGUGACCUGUCCUGAGUGAUCCGGCUCUUCCUGAUCAUCAGCUGUGAUCCGAAGCGGCACUGAAGAUGGAUGGAUUUAACAGAGAGUAAAUCAUAAACUGUUUGGAUGUUUUCAGUGAGCACUGGACUUUAAAAAUCAAACCUGAUGUUC